UUAGCUUUGCUUUGCUUUGCUUCUUCCUCAGGCUGCGGUGUAGGGAGGCCGGCCCUAGAGGAAGUCAAGUAUGUCAUAGCAGGGGAGGAGGGUCUACAGGACUGCUAGUUUUACAGAGGAAAACUCAAAUCAAGCACCAAAGCACACAGCAAAGAGAGAGGAAGAACCGAAAGGCAUUCCUCAGUGGAGCUGAGCUCUCGAGCAGCGAAGCCUUGCUUGGCACGACCUCAGUGGCUGGAGAUUCAAGUGCAGCUGUUAACUACUUUGAUUUCUUGGAUCUGUGAAUUGGAGCAGCAGAAAAGGUCACCAUGGCCAUGCCAGAAAAGUCAAGUUGUGUCAAACCAUCUGAGGAUUGCAGCAAUUUUCCUGAGAUUAUUGAACUCAAUGUAGGUGGCCAGGUAUAUAUAACUCGCUAUCCUACUCUGAUCAGUAUUCCUGGUUCCCGGCUCUGGGAAAUGUUCAGUGUAAAGAACCCUUGCUCACUGAUCCAGGACAACAAAGGGAGAUUCUUCAUAGAUCGAGAUGGUUUUCUCUUUCGUUAUGUCCUAGACUACAUGAGAGACCUGCAAGUAGUGCUUCCUGACCACUUUCCAGAGUGUGGCCGGCUCCAUAGAGAAGCAGAAUACUUUAAGUUGCCAGAACUGGCCAAGAUGUUGGCUGUUAAAAUGAACAAGCUCAACUCAGUUGGCAAUGACUCAUGUCAAAUUGAUCUAGAAGAGCUUUCACCAGGCAUUGAUACCACAUUCAAUUUCUCUUCAACUAAUACCAUCCAUAUUAGUGGCCCUGAUAAUUCUGUAGUUCUGACAGCUGCCACUGGUUCUGAGCUCAAGAAGGCUGGCUUCAUCACCAUUGGCUAUCGAGGCUCCUACACUCUGGGCAGGGAUAGCCAAACAGAUGCUAAAUUCCGCCGUGUGGCCAGAAUCAUGGUGUGUGGUAAGAUCUCAUUAGCCAAAGAAGUGUUCGGAGACACUCUGAAUGAGAGCAGAGACCCAGACCGCCCUCCUGAGCGAUAUACUUCUCGAUACUACCUCAAAUUCAAUUUUCUGGAACAAGCCUUUGACAAACUAGCUGAUGCUGGCUUCCACAUGGUAGCAUGCAACUCCACUGGCACCUGCACUGUCACACAUGACCAAACAGAUGACAGGAUCUGGACCUCUUACACUGAGUAUGUUUUCUAUCGUGAGUGAAACUUAAAAAGUCAUCCAAGAAGUACAUACCCCCCCAAACAGUCUCCCUCCUUUCUUUCCAUGCCAAGUGUAUCCCUUAGGAAUAGACACUCUAAUCACUCUAGGCUCUUGAGUGGUCUGCAUAAUCUUGGACAAUGGUACUUCUCUCAUCACAGCCACUUGGACCUUUGUUGGUUUUCUUCUUACAUGCCAUUCCAAUCUAUCUAACAACCUCCUCUGGACUAUGGAGUGGAUGCCACUUAAUGAAAGGUGUGCAUCAAUAUAGACAGUAGAUGCAUAUUUCUGCAGUGAAUACAAUUGAAUAUAAGCACUGAAUGAAAAGUGUUGAGAAAUACUGAGCCAUGGCUUCCAAGCUGUUGCUUAGUAACACACAUUGAACUUGAUUAUGUACAACCUUACUGUUUCUACUCACCUAGAUAAAAGAGCACCACGUUACAGUAGGAUGUGUGCAUGUGCUUUGCAGACAUUUUACCAUGCUAAGUGGAAGAACUUGACAACAGUCCCCCAGGAGGUUCAUAGAAAGGUCAACCGGUUCCAAAAGUACUAAGGACUUUUGAUAGGAGCUAUGCAAACAAUUGUAUGAUGAUUAUUUCUAAGAAUUAAAGGCUUAGCACUUAAUUUACUUGCACAUGAAGAAGAUAGUAAGGAGGUGUAUCAUAGCUAUUACUUCUGUCAGGAGCAGCAGUGCCGUUAAAAACAAACUGUCCUAAAGUAUCUUUCAUUAGAAUCAAAUGCAAACAUAUACAGGAAAGAAAAUGAUGAGCAAAAAAUUGCUUUGUGUAAGUAUAUGCAUGUAUUAAUUAGUUGAAUUUUCACUAGUCAAAUAAUUGGCUGUACAUAGCAAUUGUGAACUUGUUUAUGUUUCUUGUCAGAGUAUGAGUGUGUUUUGUUUUGUUUCUCUGGAGGUGGGGAUGGGAGAAGGGGAGAAGAAAGAGGAAAACCAAAAAAGAACUUAAAAAGAAACACACUGAAAUUCAUCUUCUGCUUCUCUGCUUAUGACUUUUUAAGCCAACAGGUUGAAAGCAAGUGUUCAUUCUCAUAUGAAAACAUCAGGGAUCUAAGACAGUGAUUGAAUUACAAGAGACUAUGAACCAAGAUAAGAAAGAGAGUUUGUUAGGGCUCAUUUCAGAGGAUCUUCAUCGCCUUUGUGAAAAGUUUGCCUGCAAGCAAAGUCUGACAGCCCUGUCUUUCCUUUAUUCUGCACUUAUUUUACCCCAUGCCCUUUAUUGUUAUUAUUGUAUUUCAUUCAUUUUCUAGUCAGGACUUUUUUAGUUGAAAAUAACUAAAACCCACAUAAAGUGUCAUGAAACGAUUUAAAAGGAGGCUGGAGAGAUGGCUCAGAAGUUAAGAGCACUAGAUGCUGUUUCCAGAGGACCUGGGUUUAAUUCCUAGCACUCACAUGACAGCUCACAACUGUCUUAAACUCCAGUUCCAGAGGAUCUGGCACCAUCACACAGAUAUACAUGAAGGCAAAACACCAAUGUACAUAAGAUAAAAUAGAUACAUCUUAAACAAAGAUUUAAAAUGUGUGUGUGGCUAUGUGAGCAUUUUAAACUCACAUUUGUUUUUCUGUUGAGUCUAAAGGAAGAAAAUGUAGUCAAAUAAAGUCUCAGAGGGUCUGGAGAGCUGUCAAUAACUCAUAUUCUCUCUUGUGUCUCAAGAGCCAUAUGAUUUUCACUGAUCAUCUCCAGAGCUCAUUAAUUUCAUAUUUCUCCAUGCGGUUCGCUUUCUUUCCCACAGUUUACAGCUGGUCUAAACAGUAUGUCACUGAACAUGAAUUUGUAGCCAUCUUCUUCAUUAAUAACUUCUUUUGUAUUUUAUUUUUUGUUGUUGGCGUUGUUUUGGUUUGGUUUGUUUUUUGUUUUUUUUGUGAUAGGGUUUCUCUGUGUAACAGCCCUGGCUAUCCUGGAACACUCUAUGUAAUUCAGGCUGGCCUCAGACUCACAGAAAUCUGCCUGUCUCUGCCUCCCAAGUGCUUGGAUUAAAGGCGUGCGCCACCACCUCCCAGCUGUAUUUCUUUAUACACAUAUGUACAUAAAUUAAUAUAGAUGCAACAAUCAUAAUUAAAGAUAAAUACAUUAUGAAUUUGGGAGGGAGUUGGGAGGGAAAGGAGGGGUGGACAUGAUGUAAAUACAGUAUUCAUGUAUGAAAUCUCAAAAAAAUAAAAAUCUGAAUAAUAAAGAUUAUGUAAACCCCGUCUA